AUGACUCUCCGCAGGCCAGCUGCCCACCUACGAAGAGCUCCGAGCUGGCGGAGAUCAGGAGAUGAGUCCUACUGGGAGAGCUUGAUACCAGAGGGGGAAAUUUUGCCCCGUGUUUCUCGUCCUCAUCAUGCACCUCGGCCCCAGAGUGCAAUUGAAGGGCGCCAGCUGGACGGCUGGCUGGAGCACCUGCAGAGGAUAGAGAGCGAACUUCUCAGAGCCCCAGUUCAUGAUCAGGUUCCAGCUUUCAGUGAUCGGACAACAUCCAUGCCUGCUCUCGACAAAGAGCCGACAGGACGUGCCUGGAGAGAGCCGGGGAUUCGUUCCUUCAGCAGGGGUUCAUCUUCAUGUGGGAGUCCCAGCCUGUGUGACAGUUCACUGGGAAGCCAGGAGUCGCUCCAAACUGGGUUUCUUCCCCACCCAGAGCGAAGAGGAGGCUGGGAGAGAGCUCAUAUGAUGCAGACCCCAAAGAAGGAGCAGGCUCAACUUAGUAAUCUUGCUCCAGUCAAAAUUGGAUGGCUGCCGAUCCAAAGAAGAGUGAUGAUGGUGGGCGAUGCUUGCAACCAAAACCAGUUUUUGGACCACUCUGCUGGCCAGGUGAAAUUGAAACAAGCGAUCACUCCAACAUUUCAGAAAAAUCGAGGAACAGCCAACAGGCACCAGGAUGGAGAGGUGGAGAGAAGUCACACCAGUCCGAGUGUUUUGGGUGUGAAGACGUGGCAGACAUCUGAUCAAGGCUCUCCUAAUUUUAAACAGGUGCCAGAAAAACGCAGCUUUCCUGCUAACGAAGGGGACAGACCUGUAGGCUGGCAAGCUCUGAGGCGAGGCUGGAAUACCAACAGGGUGUCGGCUUUCCCUGGAGGCAGCCGGUCCAAUGAGCUCCCCACAGGGACCAGCUCAGACCCCAACAGGAAGUCGUCUCUGAUGAAAGCAACCAACACAGACCCCCUCAAGCAUACUCCUCUGCAGCGAACAACUUUUGCUGAUCCCUGCAAACCAAACACUCUGCUUCAAGGGACAAAUAACACAGAUACGUACAAGUCACCUUUGCGGAGAACUGGCGGUGUUCAGCCAAUGAGAGCAACAGCCCCGCUGUGUGAAACAAACAGCAUCUCACAGCCUUCACAUAUACAGACAAACUCUGCUGUAACUACACUCAUCCCUCACAACAAAGCCGGCUUCUCCUCCAUCACCAUUUCAUCAAGGAAAGUAAGCAGAUCGGCCAGUUUGCCCGGAUCCGGCAGCCACUCUUCCCGCUCCAGUGAAUCCCCUUCUCCGCCAUUAGCACACCAAUCCAUGGAUGCAAACUCCCAGCAGGUCACAGUGCAGAGGAAGGCCACUAUAGUCAAAGUGACAGAGCAAAGGACGAUGUCUAGCCCUGUCCAAAGCACAGAAACAGCAGGGACCCCACCAGCUAGCCAUGGUUUGGAUACAGUGGUGCACAGACGAAAGGCUACCAUCAUCAAAGUGACAGAGCACAGAGAGAGCUACAGUCCAGCCAAGGCAGGAUCUGGGACGAGGCACCCAGAUUACAGACACAGCUACUCAGAGGGACUGUACAAGGAAAACAGCAUGUGGAGUCAGGGAAAUCACCACAACGCAGCACCUUCAUAUCACAGUCUGGAUUCCACAAACUCCGCACCAAACACUUCAGAUGUCGCAAAAAACAGUGGAACACUACACAGAUCCACGCUGAGUCUUUUUGUGAGCAACCCCCCUGCUAUAGCAGCACCCGCUCCCUCAGGGGUUUCUCCAAAGGCUGUUGGACCGAGAUCGGACAGGCCACACAGACCACUGAGCUGCUAUGGCAAUAUGUUUGGACACACUGAGCCCAGCAAGGAGAAUUUGACACAACCAGCUGCCAGGAAAUGGAGCUUUGGGCUUCCACAAGAGACCAAAAUCAACCCUGUGAACUUCGACAGUAGUUUCAUCAGCACUCAAACAGCAGUGAAAGAAGCAGGUCAGCUAGUGGCAGACACCCUUAAGCCAAACGGAGCCCAGAAAGAGAGAUCGCCGCCAGAGAAUGCGGUGAGGAGCGUGUCCCCCUGUCUAACGCUCAUCAAGGCCCCGGAUCCCCACUCAAAUCAGUCUCAAGAGGAAGUGCUUGCCCUCAAUGCGGCUGCCAUCAUAGCAAAUAUCAAACUCCAAAGACAACUCAGUAAGAAGAAAACAAAUGGCAAUUCUAAGGAGGACUCCACAACAUCACCUCGGGAAAAUACAGUGACAGAUGGAGGGAAAUGUAUGAAGCCACAACCUGAUCAAAGAACAAUGCAGCGCCGCAACCAGCCUCAUGCUGCAUUUGCUGCACUCAGUCCUGACCCUGAAAGGUCACCUCAAGCUAUUUCUCUUCAGGACGCACUGCAGAGGUCCAGACCUGACUUCAUCACUCGUUCCCAGGACAGACUGCGAGAGCUGGAGCGAAGGGCGCAAGAGAGGAGGGAGCUGGCGUGUUCUGUAGACCCACGGUCGGAUGCUGCUCUCAGGCAGAGGAGAGCCCACAAAGCCCGAUGUGCCUCUCUGAACGAUAACCUUUUCAAACCCAGAGAUAGAGCCAUUACAGGGAAAGAGAUGCUGCCGAAAUCUAAGCGGUGA